CAAAAUGGCGGAUGAUUCUGGAAAUUUUGUUUUUGAAAGAAAAGUAUACAUUUCAUGUUGAAAUAGCGAACUGAAAACACAGAAUGUCACAAAGUGAUGUGAAAUAUGUUCGUGUGUUACCGAAAGACAAGAUAUAUCGAAAUAUUUUUGAAGCAGAGGUGCGUAAAAUCUGUGUUUGAAUAGGAAUAAAAUAUAGAUUUAUAUAGCCGUAUUAAUAGCCCUGCCUUGUAACCCUUGUUUACGUUUUGCUGACAGGCAAAUGUUUUUGAAAAGCUCCCGAGAGAACUUUGUUAUUGUGGAACGCAUUGUUGCACCACAAUGGAGGACAUAUAUUUCCUUUAUAUAACCGGAAUUUGCCUGUCAGCAUAUAAAUGUAUUAAAACAAUAUGCAAGGCGCCAAGGGGGAUAUUUACAAGACAUCAAGUGGUCAGGUCAUGUAUUUUUGUGCAAUUUAAUGCUGUAUAAGAUAUUUUACAUGUUUAUGUUUAAAAAUAGCCUCUAUAGACUGCUUUGUAAGUUUAAAAACUUGGAAAUUUCACCGUACCUCACAGAGUAAGGCUGAUGGAAUUAAGGUAUCAGUUUACCGUCACCUAAAAUUUCAAAAGUUGAUGCGGAUUUUUUUCAUUAUUCAUUAUUUUUCACGAUUUGAAUUUGUCAAACUUUGACCUAAAAAUCCGAAUUUUGACCGAAAAAAUCCAAGAAAAUUUUGACGAUUCUUGAGCUUUUUGCUAUCUUUCGAGCUAUCAGUUAUGUCUUUGACUCUGUUUCGCUGUGGCUUCGCUACGCAGGCUAUGGCUUCGCUAACUAUAUAAACAAAGUCAGUAUUUGCCAAUAAUUUCAACAGAAAGCCACUUUUGAAACACUUGCUCUACAAAUUUGACAAAUAAUGAAAAAAUAUUGAAAUAAUGAAAAUUUCACGCAGCUGCCAAUAACACACACAGGCGGCCAGGCGGGUGACGGUAAACUGAUACCUUAAUUCCAUUGGCCUAAUAUUAAAUAUCACCGAAUACAUAUACUGAGAUACACAGCAUUAAAAUACAAAUACUAUGAUUUUAUGAAGCCUAUGAAAUACUGUAUUAAAUUUUGCCAUCAAAUUAUCACUUGUAUUACUUGGGUAUGGUAAACUGUACAGUAGCAAUAUUGUGUACCUAUUAAACUAAGGGGUCACGUCCAUAUUCAUGUUGCCACAAAUAAUGUCAAAUCGACGUUAUGAGUGGGUGGGUUUUUAUGUGAACUUAUCAACGUUAUCUCGUGGCAAUUUGACAAUUAAUGUCCAAAGUAACUUGUAUCAUAAAUAUGAAAGUCAAAAUACGACUGAAUAUCGAUCAACGUUAUCUGGAGUGGGUGCAUGGUGAAGAAAUAACGUCGAUUCGACAUUAUUUGUGGCAAUAUGAAUAUACAAACAUAUAACAACAUAACAGUUGUGCUGUAAUAUCAUUGUAGCAAAACUUGAACAAAUCUUUAAAGAAGGAAAGAAAGAUAACAAAUCCUAAACGAGAGCCGACGUUACCGGUUUUAAAACAACCAGUAGCAUUCACCGAUGGCAGUGGUAUCUUGUCACAACGACAGAAAACUUGGGUCGAAGCAAAUCCAAAUGAACCACAUGUUGAAAACCCUACGUAUCUCAGGUUCAUGAUACUAUAUUUGUAAUCUAUUACACCUGAUUUGAUUAUUUCUUGUAAAACACAAUACUUACUGCUCAGAAGACAAACUCUGCAUUUAAAUUCAAAUUGCUUCCAAGCAUGUGUGGAAAACUAGACUCCAUUACCAGCCACCAUUUAUAGGUCAAUGACAUAUUUUUAUAUGAAUCCCUGGUCAAACGAGGAUGUGAAUUGAAAAGCAAGAGAUUUGAGCAAUGAGCAGGGACGCCGGAACUGGGGGGGGGCAGGGGGCAGCCCCCCCCUGCCUUUUGCCAGGGGGGGCAGGGGGGGGCAGAAGUGCCCUUUUAGUUUUAAAAAAUUACGUGAUAAAUCACAUUUAGAACGAUGGUUUUUGUCCGAAAAUUAUGAGAUUCAGACAUUAACAGUUUAUAUUUCACUAACGGUAUGUCCGGAAAAAUUUUUUGACCCCUAAAAUGGUACACUGACCGAAAAAUUUCGGAAGAUUUUCAAGGUUUUCUUUAGAGAAGUGCCCUUGCUGUGUGUCCGCCCCCCUUUGCCUUAUGAUCGUUCCGGCGUCCCUGGCAAUGAGGUUGGCAAGCAUACUUUGUGCUCUUGCACCUCUCAAAUGAGAACAAGAAUUGCAUAAAGGCCUGUAUACACUUGCAAUUUUAGGUGUGAUUUUCUCAUCCUGGUGUAUGUGAACAAAUGGAUGAGUUAGAAAUGUUUAGGUGAGGGCACAGAUAUCUGAUACUCAGAGCAUUCAUUUACUCUGAGCAUUCAUUUACUUGUUUACAUCCAUCAGAAGAACAUCGCACUAGAAAUCACAGUAAAAUUUGCAAGUGUAAAUGCCACUAAACGGGCCUUAAGAGAUGAUUAGCUGGUUGGCUGGAUUGUAGACAGUUUGGAUAUCACAUGCAGUCAAACGAGCAAAAACUCUCGUCAAAAUUCCACCAACUCAAGAACGCAAACACGAAAAAUACUUGUUUAAUUAUUGAUGAUUUAUUUAGCAUCAAUUGAUUUUUAUCGUUUACUAUAAAUACGUUUACACCAGAUAUUUAUGGCUGGAUGAACAAGAGAAAAGUGCCAAAUCAGAGAGUUUUUAUGAAGCGCAAGAAGUGAGAGGAUUACCCGAAGUAAAUGAUGGGCAACGUAAGUGUCGAGUAUUACAGUGCUCUACUGCUCUGCCCUGAAACAUUCACAAAACAAGUGCACCACAAGCGUAAAGACGCACUACAAAGGCUUAUGAUUCCAAAGCAGGCCUCGAAUUUCCCUGAAAUCAAUCGACGGCAAUGACGUUAAAAAUUUCCGUAGAACGUAACAGCUGUCUACGGCAAUUUUGGCAGUUUCCACGGCAUUUUUCAAAUUACUGUAAUAAAACUUUAAUUUAAUUGUUACUUUGGAUUUUGGACAAGCUAGAAACAUGUCUACGUAUUUCUUUAGUGUGUUUUUUUUCCAAGAAAACUGAGACUAAUAGUGAUUUACGCUUGAUUUGAUCAACAUCUGAAUAGUAUAAAAAUUGCACUAUACGGCAAAAAAUUGCCGUCGUUGCCGCAAUGAUCCAAGGCAUUUUGUUCUCCCUCUACGGCAAUUGCCGCGAUAAAAUUCGAGCCAUUACGAGCGGGAAACGGUUACCACUUUCAGUCAUUUUGCGUAAUACAAAAUGACUGAAAAUUACAAACUUCGCAAGGCUAUAUUAUCCGCAUUUUACAACAUUUCGCAACGAAACUUUGGAAUAUUACUAAUUUUGUGAUGCUCUUUCAUGCUAUGAUGGAAUUUUGUCUAGACUUGUUGAGAUCAAAAUUUUGGUUAAUUGGGGAAUGGUCCAUUGUCGCAUCCAGAAAAUGUGCCUGCGAGCAGUGCUCGCACGGUCUUAAGUUACACUUUAAUGAUGCCCGUAGAGAUCCAGAACGGACGUGGGCCAUGCUCACUAUAUUUGUGCAAGCACAUUUCUACCUAACAAUAGUAACAUUGCUGUGUGUCAGAAAUUUGUGUAUAGUUGCUCCAAGAGGUUCAGAUUUGAUUUCCACUACCGCUACCACUAAGAGACCAUUAACUUCCUAUAUCUGAUUAACCAAUCACAUGGCCGGGUACUAAGUCAGUGAGCGAUAGUGGAAAUCAAAUCUGAACCUCUCUAAUUCAUGCAAUUAACAGUUUGUUGCCUUUUCCAUUAUAGGUACUGGCAGCUCAAAGUCGAGAAAUGUUGUCGAAAAAAUUAACGAAAGCAGAAAAGAAAGGUUUAGAUAAAAUCCAGUUAUUUUUUCUCAAAGUACGUAGUACGUUCUUCAUACUGUCACAUGUUUCUCUAUAGACACCAGGCUGCAUUAGAAGAAUUCCAUCAGGAACUUGGGAUUAUCAGUGCAGUAAGUUUAAAUGAUGAUUUUUGUGUGUGUUGGUGUAAUGUACUCAGGUGAAUAUGAUGUUUCUGGCUAGUAUCCCAAAGGUCGCGGGUUCGAUUCCCACCGUGGUCAGGCGAACUUUUCAGCUUGCCCGAUGUGGAUGUACACUCAGAGUAACAUCACAAACAUCAAGUUUAACUGCCGUAUUAAACUCAAGGGUGGGUUGACUACAAAAUUUUUGUAGUUCGCUAUAACUACAGCUACUUCAAAAAUAUGUAGUCAGCUACAACUACUGCUACUUUUGAACAAAGGUAGUUCGCUACUGACUACAGCUACUGCUUAAAAAAUGUAGCGAACUAUUUCGCUAUUUCGCUACACUAUAUUUUUUUAGUUUUACUAUAUUUGGAGCAUCUACUAACUCAGGCUGUAAUGUAAUCUAUAACAAAUCGACUUACGAGUAGCAACAGUAAACACAAAGCAACAUUUUUGUAAGCACUACAGUGUUCAGGAGUGCAAAUUGACUAUUGAGUAUUGAUUUUAAGCAAACCGUGUCUCAAUAUAAUGCUAUUCUAUCAAGUUGCUAUAACAAUUUUAAAAAGUAGCGAAUAGCGAUUCGCUGUUUGAAAAGUAGUCAACUACUUGGCUACUUUUAGGCAAAAUGUAGUUCGCUAUAACUACAACUACUGUUUUAAAAAAAGUAGUCAAAAACUACUGGCUACUUGAAAAUUGUAGUUCGCGGCUACAGUAGCGAACUACAACUACUUCGCUACAACCCACCCUUGAUUAAACUAUACAUGAAAACGAUUACAAGAACAUUACAAUAGAAUAGAAUAGAGUUUUUGUUGUAAGAAUUUUUUGAGGGAACUGCUCAUUGUCUAACACUGAGUCAGUUUCCUCAAACAUUUCUUACAAAUCCUUCAAAACUUAGAAUUUACCUAUGCAAAAUUCCUACUGUGAUCACAGAAACUUUGUUGGUGUAAACCAUCCUUUAUAACACUCAGUAAGUUUCCUCAAACAUUUCUUACAAAUCCUUCAAAACUUAGAAUUUACCUAUGCAAAAUUCCUACUGUGAUCACAGAAACUUUGAUAGUGUAAACCAUCCUUUAUAACACUCUGUAAGUUUCCUCAAACAUUUCUUACAAAUCCUUCAAAACUUAGAAUUUACCUUUGCAAAAUUCCUACUGUGAUCACAGAAACUUUGAUAGUGUAAACCAUCCUUUAUAACACUCAGUAAGUUUCCUCAAACAUUUCUUACAAAUCCUUCAAAACUUACAAUUUACCCAUGCAAAAUUCCUACUGUGAUCACAGAAACUUUGAUAGUGUAAACCAUCCUUUAUAACACUCAGUAAGUUUCCUCAAACAUUUCUUACAAAUCCUUCAAAACUUAGAAUUUACCUAUGCAAAAUUCCUACUGUGAUCACAGAAACUUUGUUGGUGUAAAUCAGCCUUAAAUAACUGCAUUUUAAAAUAACUGCAAUAAUAAUUAUACGUAGUGUUUCCACAAACCAAAGUUUAGAAUUAUAUCACUAAAGUUUGUUUUAUACUUUCAGGAGCUUGAACCACGCAUUGCCGAGUCGAGUGAGAUUUUAAGGGAUGGUUUUGCUGCAAAUAACGAAGGUAUAUAGCUAUAUGUUUGUUGUUUUGCCAUACAUAUUUCGUAAGUUUCGUACAAGUUUCUCAUUUCCAUUAGCAAUAAAUAAGAUAGAAAUUAAGUGUGGAUUAAUUUUACAUUUUAAAAUAAAAAAGGGUGUAUUAGGGCACAUUGUUGCUUAAUGGGUAAUGAUCGAUCUGAUUCGCUAGCGUGAACGGCUCCUAAAACGACCACAGAGUAAAUCGAGGGUGCAUUAACUACUUCAGUAACCGAUCCGCUUUUGUUUUCUAGAGCUCUCAAAAGUCGUGCAACUCUUUAGCGAUGACAAGGUAGCUGGUUUCUUUUAAAUUAACUUUCUUAGCAGAAGAAUAGAAUGACGUUUAAAAUUUCGGUUAUAAAAUUUUAGAAUUUUUCAAACAAUUUUUUUGGUGUUGGGGACUGGUUUUAAGUCUACUGUCCAACAGAUAUUUUCAAACUGAUAUACUGUAAUAACCUAAUAUGUAUCUUUUCAGGAUUUAUUGAAAUACUCUCUGGAGGACCUGUACAAACUUUGGCAGUGUAUUGCUGAAAUAUCUUCUAAUAGACAAGUGUACAUUAUCGACCUCGCCAAGACGUUUGAAACUAUUGAGCAAGAUC